AUGGUUGUUGGGGUUGUAUCCAUCGCGGCCAAGUACAACGGAGAACUCUACAACAAGCGGCGGCUGAUGGUGGAGCUGCCGUCCAAGGGAGGCCUCCCGCUGCAGCCGAUGGGGAACUCCCGCCCCUCCAUGUCCACCAUGACCCCCCCGCUGCCCUCCAACCCGAUGACCUCAUCCCACAUGAACCAACCCAUGGCCCAGAUGAUGCCCAUGACUUCCAUGACGUCUAUGACACACAUGACCUCAAUGGCGCCCAUGACGUCGCUGUCCCACAUGCCCACGCUGACCCCCAUGACCUCCCUGGGCCCGCUGACCCCCGAGCCGGUCGCCACUUACACCACCCUCCCCACGGAGCGCCACAUGUCCGGAUCCUCUUCCGUGCUUCGUGCCAACGGGCAGAAACUGAAAAGCAUCCACACGCACCCAGCCCACAGCUCACACAGCCACUCUCACGGCCACAGUAGCAAGCCGCCGGGGAUGUCCGGAACCUCGCUGGCGCACAUGUCAGGGACUAUGCCAGGCGGGACUUCUAUGGGCAUGUCCCGGGGGAACGAAGGCGGGAUGGGCAUGGGCACCGCGACCAUGGGGAGGCCAUUUCAGUACAGUUCCAACACGAUAUCGGCCACUCCGCACUCCAUGGGGAUCAAAGGCUGGGACGGGACGGAGACGGUGGGGCGAAGGAAGGCGUACGGGCACAAGAGGCCGCAGUGCACCGUCCUCGAACCCAACCAGCUCCACGGGACGCGAGUCCAGAGCCGCAGCCAGCACUUCCUCCCCACGCAACCCUACUUCGUCACCAACAGCAAAACCGAGGUGACCGUGUGA